CAACCCUUAAACCCCCAAUCUUUGUUUGUGCUGUUCAGUCAGUAUAUACAAAAAAGGAACAUUUUUCUUCUGUAAAAUCCAAACCAAAAUGACAAUACAUUCAGCCAUUAUUCAAAAACUCCUGAGCACAAACGCACAUUUAGGCCGCCGAGUUGCCGAAAACCAUUACAAAAUCUACACUUACGGCGCCCGCAAUGGGACCACAAUCAUCGACGCCGACAAAACCCUUGUCUGUCUCCGUAGCGCCUGCAAUUUCAUCGGAAAUCUUUAUCGUGAAAACGGCAGGUUUUUAUUCGUCAACACGAAUCCAUUGGUCGAUGAGAUUGUCGAACAGAUGAUUAAGACGACUGGAUGUCGCAAUAACCAUUCUUGGCGACUUGGUGGUUUUUUGACUAAUAGUUUGAGCCCUAAGAAGUUUAGGUCUAGGAAUAAGAAGUUGAAUAUUACUUCCAUCAAUCCGCCCGAUUGUGUCGUCAUUUUCGAUACCGAACGCAAGAGUUCGGUUAUUCUUGAAGCUUCUAGGUUGCAGAUUCCUAUUGUUGGGUUGGUUGAUCCGAGUAUGCCGUUGGAAACGUAUAAGAAAAUUACAUAUCCUGUUCCUGCGAAUGAUUCUGUGCAGUUUGUGUAUUUGUUUUGUAAUCUGAUUACAAAAACGAUACAGUAUGAGCAAAAGAAGCUUGGUGCAGCUAAAGGAAAGGUGGUUAAAGAGGAAGAGGAGAAAAUUGUUGAGAAUGCUCAUCUGAUUGACAAGAUUAAGAUAGAUGGUGUUGAAGAUGAGUUGCAUGUCGUAUCAUACGAAACCUUAUCACCUGUUUCUAAUGAUCCUUUGAAAAUUAAGGAGCUUCUUGACAAACUUGUUGUCGUAAAGAUCAAUGACAAUGUAGGGGCAAAGAUGGGUUUUGAUGGGCCAAAGUCUGCAAUUGAGGUUUCUGAAGGAUUGACAUCUCUAGAUAUUAUCGCUAACUAUAUUGAGUCUCUGAAUUCAAUGUAUGGGUGCAAUAUUCCCCUGCUUCUGAUGAAUGAUGCUAGUACACACGCUGAGACACUGAAGAUUCUGGAGAAACAUUCCAGCAAGAAUAUAUCCUGUUUAGUUGAGGAUGAAUAUCAAGAGAAUGAUAUCAAAAUUGCUCUUGACCGGAAGGAGGCUUUGAUUUCCUUAAAGAACAGUGGCAAGCCUGAUAAAUUCUUAUCACAGGGUAAACAGUACAUUUUGAUGCUGAACUCGGAUAAUUUGGCUCAAGUUGUGGACAUAGAUAUUUUAAAUCAUUUGAUCCAGAAUAACAUCAAGUAUUGUAUGGAGUUAGAAAGAAAGUUUAACCUCACCAGCACAAUGAAUUCGUGGGUAAACAUUAAUACAAUCGCGAAUCGUCCGAAAACAAAGUUACUAGGCCGCCCCAUUGCUUUAACUGUUCCUGGAUCUCGAAAUAUUCCACUGGAGGAAACAUCAGAUUUACUUAUUUUUAAGUCUGAUCUAUACACCUGUGUUAAAGACAUCCUUAUACGCAAUGAGGCUAGAGAGGAUCCUGCCAAUCCUACUAUUACGUUAGGUCCCGAAUUCAAAAAGUUAACUGAAUUUGAAAGCCGGUUUAAGUCCAUCCCUAGCAUCAUUGAUCUUGAUAACCUAGAGGUAACAGGCGAUGUUUGGUUUGGGAAUGGUGUCAUUCUUAAGGGGUUCGUCAGCAUUCAUGCUAGACCGGGUGAGAAGAUUGUAAUCCCCGACGGAGUUGUGUUGAAGAAUAAGGUAAUCAACGGCCAAGAAGAUGUCGCUGAAGUAGAUAGCGGUCCUGCCUCUCAUUUUGUUUAAUGGACAUCAACUGCAAGCCAACAAAUUUAAAGGCAAUUCUUAUGGCUUGAUCCAUCACCAAGCUGCCCGUCUGCUGGAAAAUUUGUCAGUUGCAUGAAAUCUAACUGCUUCGUCAAGAUCUGGCAGAGUAUAAGAACAUUUGUUUUGUCCAUUGACAAGGGUCCAACGUGUAUUUCUUGUCAGAUUGAAAGCUAAUAAUGGCCGCUGUUAACCGCUGAUAACAUAGAAUUCACUUCAUACGCAUACAUUUUUACUUGGUUUUGGCUUAUUUUGACUGAGCACGGUUUUGGCCCAUGAGUAGAGAAGAUGGCGAUACGAGCAAGGUUACAUUUUUUUUUGUUUAUUGUGUGAUUUGGGAAUAAUUUUAAAAUGUUAGUGUAACAUUCCUAGGAUUAUGGAAAAUAGCAUGAUGAGAGUAAUAUUUUUCUGGUUGACUUGCA